AUGAAGAUUUCACAAUCAUUCUUAAAUAUUUCAUUUGGAUAUUUGUUAUUUUCUGUCCCAUCGAUAUUUGCAUCUGAUAAUAGUUGGUUUAAAUUACCAAAUUUUUUUGGAAUUGGUGAAAAUGUUAAAUCAGAUGAGACAUUCCCUAGAUUAGAAGACAGUGAUUUAUCAGCCUGGGCAGAAAAUUUCUUGAAAUUAUCAAAUGAAGAAAAGAUGAUCAUUGAGCGUGGGCAUGCUGCGUUAGCUCAAUUUGAAAAAAAACAAAAUUGCUUUAAAGAUGCAGCUUUAACAUUAAGACAUGGUUGUAGAAAUAUUGAUAUUUCUGAUAAUGAUAAAAUAAAAUACGCGGUACGGUUGACAAUGUGUGAAAUCGCAACAGCAAAUCUCGUUGCUCCCAUGGAAUGUAAUGAUAUUGUUCAAGAUGUUGGAACUUGUGUAGAAGCUUUAGCGCGAAUUCCUCAACUAUGGACAUCAUAUUCUGGAUAUUUUCGAGAAGUUUUCCACAUGUGUUUUGCUGUACGAUACUCGAUUGAGCGAGAUUUGCUCGAAGAACUUCACAGAAAUAUUACGCAAAACCAACUAAUAAAUUAUAGCAUUCUACGUGUUCAGCAAAAUGACAUGAUUUCUUGGCGGAAAGAAGAAAUGGCGAGAUUAAUUCAACUUGAAAAAUCUCAGUCAAUGAUCUUAAAUAGCGUUAAUGUGAUUGAGAAAAUUACUUCAUUGGCUUCGGUAAACAUGGUAUCACUUAAAGAUAAUUUGUCAGACUCACAAGAAAUCGUGCAGGGUACAUUGGGUCAGUUGUCUCAACUUAGAAAGGAACUUGAAGAAUAUCGAUCAAAAGCUAGUGAGGCUUUUGAGGAAAUUAACAGUGCAACAAAUCAACAGUUGAUAUCACUCAAACAAUCAAUGGAAUACGUAGAAAGCAUAGCCAAAAUAAAUACUAAGAUUUCGGAAAACUUACAAAAAAUUGAUGCGGCACUUCACAACACAUUAAAGGCUCAGGAAAAAGUUUACAAUAUGAUAGAAAUAUAUAAAGACCAGCAUCAAGAUUUAGAAAAUCAAUGGCAAAAUUCUUUAUUAGAAGCAAGACAAAAUUUGCAAAUAUUAUUAAAUAUCUCUCAAUCUGAAAUUCAAUUACUUACAAAGACUGCAAGUGAUGCGCGUAAGAGUCAAGAAAGUAUUAUUAAAAUUUUGAGGCCUCUAGGGGUUUUUGUUGAAUUUAUUAAUUGGAUAUAUGGUAUCACUUCUAUCAAAUACGGUAUGAGAUAUAUAAUACCAUGGUUGGCUAUUCCAUUUGUUAGAUUUCUUAUGUCAUGGAUGAGAUUUGGCAGAAUUAUGUCAAUUGUCGUGUCGCUUCCAAGAACAUCAUCUUCAGAUUUUUACCUUUCCGAGUUCGAUUAUGGUGGGCAUAGUUUUAAUAGCAGCUUGAAUGGAAGUUUUUGUAGUAGUGGUAAUAGUGUGUUACAUGAAUUAAGUCAAGGUUCAAGUGGAAGAUUUCCUAGCAAAAGAACAAGAAGAUCCGGAAGAAAUUAUUUUCCUUAA